AUGACUAUGUUUUAUCUUAUGAAAUUAGUCAUGAAUAUUGAAAUUAAACAAGGAGAUGAGUUUGAUAACUUUGCUGAGUUUGAAAACAAAUUGGCUUCUUGGUCGGCAUUUACAAACAUUUUGUGGACUAAAUGUAACAGCAAAACUGUUACAUUGGCUAAUAAGGGUUUGAGUCAGAAUUCAAAACAUUUUGAUGAGAAGUUUAAAUUUAGAAAUGUAACAUAUUUAUGCAAGCAUGGAGGAGUUAAGAGAACAAAAGGGAAAGGAAUUCGCCCAAAUCAAAGCUCUUUCAAAAUUGGAUGUAGUGCCAAACUUUAUAUUAGUAUUAAUAAAGAUAAAACAAAACUAGUAGUACAGCAACUUCAGGCUAACCAUAACCAUGAAGUCAGCAGAACUGCUUUUAUGCAUUACCCUGAACAACGCCGGUUAAGUGAAAUAGUUAAAGAUGAUAUUGGCACAAUGUUUAAACUUGGUGUUAAAGUCUGUUUUUUAAAAGAAUAUUUAAAAAAUAAAGAAAGAAAAAUAGUAACAUCGAAAGAUUUAUUCAACAUAAAUAAAAAAAUUGAACUAGAACGCAAUUGUGAAAAAUCAAAUGAGGCUUUAUUGAUCGAUGAACUAAUGUCCUUCUGUGAAAAAGAUCCUGAUGCAGUUAUAUCUGUUCAAGUUGAUUCAGACGGUGUUCUGCAGUUUCUUUUACUAAUAAGUGGAGAUAUGCAGCAGGUGUUUGAUAUGUUUCCUGAAGUGCUAAUGAUUGACUGCACAUAUUGCACAAACAAAUUAAGAAUGCCUUUAUUCACUCUGUUAGUUGAGGAUGGAAAUGGAACAGGUCAGGCUGUUGGUUAUGCUUUCAUUGCACAAGAAACUAAAAACACUCUGCAUGAUGUGUUUACAGAAAUUGAACUUUAA